AUGCGAUGCGUUGGUAAUACAGUGCAGUCGGCCCGCAGCACCGGCAUCGCCGCUCUGAACAAUGACCUGGCCGGGAUACUCGGCUCGGGCGUUGGCUCGGGCUCAGGCUUGGGCGCAGGCUUGGCGGGCGCGUUGCGUCCAGCCGCUGGGGCAGCUUCCGCGAGUGGGAGCGCGGCGAUCCGCGCGGCCGUGAGGCAGCGUCUGGCGGCUGUGACGCAGCGAGUCGCGGGGCUCAACGGGAACGUGUCCGCCCUCUCCGGGAUGGUGACCGACUUGCACGGCGCGCUGAGCAGCGCUCUGGAUGACGCUUUGAACAGCGCUCUCAACGGCGCUUUGAACGGCGCUCUGAAUGGGGGUUUGAACGACGACGGUGUGAGUGGCGUUGUGGGGAAUCUCGCGAAUCUUCUGCCUCAGCCGGCAGGCAUGCUGCGUGUUGUGCUGACGUCAUGCAACGGCCUGCUGUCUCUCCAGGCCGGCGCUGCUGACAUUCAGAUCCUCAAGAUUGGCUCAGAUUACAUGGUCACAUACUACCUCUUCGUUGCGGGAGUGACCAAGGCCCCGGACUCGCAGGCCAUCUUCAAGGGCAACACCUGCGGCACCGCUGCUGCUUCAGCAGCCCUCGCCCUGCCUGGCACGUGGGUGCCCAUGAGCCCUGUGUCCUGGUCGCUGGCCAAUGUCGUCAGGGCGUCAGCUGCUGACGUGGCGGAUGUGCUGGCGUCGAUCCAAGGGAUCACCAAUGAUGACCUGUUCCUCGGAUUCUCCGGUGCUGACGUGGCACUCUCAGGGAGAAUGAUGGGUGGAAGGGUGUGA